AUGAAUCUGCACCUGCUUGCUAUUCAGGAUGUGAAGUCACUGUCACCUGCUCAGAAAGCAGGUUUGAAGAAGAGCAACUUUAAGGGACUAUCUGAUAUCGUUCUAACUCCGCCUGGCGAGAUUGCGAAGAGACUGAGGACAUCUCUGAGUGAAGCUCAAGCAAUUAUCGAGAAUGUGUGCAAAGAGGUGGCAAGCUCUGUGGAUAUCAGAAACCUUCUUGAGGAAGUCGGAGAUGACAAGUUCACUACCGGCGAUGCGGUGCUGGACAGAGUGAUUGGAGGAGGUAUAAGGACUGGAAUGGUAUGGGAAUUAGUUGGAGAAAGUGCAUCGGGGAAGACUCAGCUUGCAUUGCAGCUCUCCCUUCUUGUUCAACUCCGCCCAGCGCUCGGAGGUCUUUCUGGUUCUGCCUGCUACCUUACGACCCAUGCGAAACUCCCUACCAAAAGGCUCAAUCAACUUAUUCUAAACCAUCCUCUAUUAUCACCUUCACUCUGCAGUCUCUCAGAUAUUCAUACUGUUUCUGCGCCGACGAUAGAGUUUCUAUUGCACACUCUGCGAAACACCUUUCCUGCUUUGCAAGAUGAACUUCGGAAAGAUGCCAAGCGGAAACCUGUUCGACUCAUAGUAAUCGACUCGAUCUCUACACUCUUCAAUACUCCCGAGAAGUCAUCCAGCGUAACCUUAUUCGAGAGAUCGAAAGCGUUGUACGAGCUAUCGAAUGUCAUGCACACAAUCGCCGCUAGAGACAAUAUCGCCUUCGUGGUUGUUAAUGAAGUAACAGACGUCUUCAACGACUACUAUCCUGCUGCCCAAGAUGACGCAUCUAAAGGCGAUAUCAUUUAUCGUGACCAAGCAAAAUGGUUCAACUCGGCACAUUUCAUUCCACGGGAGAGCACAAAGGAGGCACGUUUAGGGCUGGUUUGGGCUAACCAAGUGAACGCACGAAUCAUGCUUACGAGGACGAAUAGGCGGAAAUAUCUAGAUGAUCCUCUUCCUUUGGCGAAACGGCAACAUCUAAACGGAGGGCCGACGAGCGUGUCCCUGAUGACUGGAGAGAACGACAAGGAACUUGAUCAAUUCGUAUUACUGAGACGUUUCUCGGUUAUUUUCGGCUCGGUAUCAACUCCUGGUUCGGUCGAUUUUGUUGUCACGAAUGCGGGAGUCUCUGCGUUUCCCGAUGAUAGAAUUAUUGGACAUCCCAGUUCGUAUGAGACUAAGGAUUCUGGACAAUUGGCUGGGCCAGACGUGUACGGUCGCGGCGAGAACACCUCGUUGCCAAACGUCUCUGACCCAGCUCCUGCACUCCCAGAGGAAUCGCAGUCGCAACCGUUUAUCAACGCUCGAAUGGCGGUCGUGGACGAUUCCGCUGUUGGUGAUAGUGUCGAGACGAGCCUAGAAGAAAUUCCGAGUACUUUCCCAGAAGUCGACGAACUCGAUGACGAUGCGCUCUACUGGGAUGAGUUCGAGGAAAUUCUCAAUGAAGAUCUACCUGAUAUCGAUUUCGACAGAUUAGAGAGGAAUCAAGUAGAAGAAGACAUCAGAGCGUCCCAGACCGAUGCUCCUGCAGAAGGACCAGAACGAUAG